AUGACUGAAGAUUCAUUACAUGCAAUUAUAGGAAUUCACGAGUCUUACACUCGUUCUCUAAUACUGGAAACUCUUAAAAUAAAUUUUCCCAAUAUACAAAUUAACAUAAUAUCACCCAACAACGCUUCUUUCCGCACCAACAAAACUAUUAGCUCGCCAACUUUUUACUGGCUCGAAUACGAAGACAUCGACUUUGAACAACUUUACGACAAUUCCAAAAUAACCCUCGCGAAUUCAUAUUGCAUACGAAAAGGUCUUAUCCGGAAAGCUCAACUAAACUUUAACCUUAAUAAAUACAUUAGCAAACGUCCGAACUGUAGCUUAGUGCGCGCAGUCCCAGAAACGUGGGUUUUUGAGGUGGCUCACGUGGAUUAUUUUGAUGAGGCACUUGACGAUGUGUUUGAAGUUGUGACAGAGUGUGAGGCGAAUAAACAGAUUGAAAAUUUCGAGGGAAAACAUGUAUUUAUUCUGAAGCCGAAUUUAGGGAAUAAGGCUGCAAGUGUACUCGUAUUCGAUAGUAUCGAACAAUUACGCGCAGUAUUUGAACAUGUUUCAUCUUCGCGAAUGGUUUCAAAUAUCAAAGUUUAUUUGUAUAAAGAUAUGCUGGCUUUAUUUGCACUUUUACCUUACAUUCCUAAUGAAAUACAAAAUACUUUUUCACAUAUCACAAAUACUUGUAUACAAACGAGUGAAGUGACCUUUGUGGAAUCAGAUCAAGUAAAAUUAUUUUGGGAUCUAUCUGACAAUGAUCACGACGAACAUAAAAAUACAAACGGAGUAACGAAAGAAGAUCUCCUUGCGAUAUUUAAUCAAAUUAAAAAAAUUCUUAGCGAAUGUUUUGAAGCGGUAGUGAGUGAAGUUACGCAGUUUAUGCCGAUGGAGAACGCGUUCGAAUUGUUUGGAUUUGAUUUUUUGGUAGACGUCAAUAAACAGGUUUAUAUAUUGGAAGCUAAUUCGUUUCCAGAUUUUAAGCAAACUGGUGAUCGAUUGUCACACGUAAUUGCCAAUUUGUUUAAAGAGACGGUUGAAUUGGCGGUUGUACCUUUCUUUUCGGAGAAUGUCGUAAAAGUAGAUUCUAAUGAAAAAAAUGAGGACAGCAGAUUUGUUCUAGUUUAUGAAAGAUAA